CUUUGGACUAGCAUGUCCGCAAUCGUUUGUGCUUAAAUUCUUACCUGAAGAAAAAACAUCAGAAGAUUGUUUUUUUUUUUGAACAUUUAUGUACCACGACAGGAACCUGACCAGAGAUCAGGCCACGCGGUUAUGUUCUUUAUUCACGGCGGCGGAUUUACAAUGGGUUCAGGAACUAUGCAUGAUGGAGGAGUCCUUUCUUCUGUAGGAAAUGUUAUUGUAGUCACCAUCAAUUACAGGCUGGGAUUGCUUGGAUUUUUAGACAUUGACAAUGCAAAAUCAUCAGGUAAUUUUGGCCUUUUUGACCAACGUUUGGCCCUACAGUGGGUCAACAAAAAUAUCGGUGCGUUUGGAGGGAAUAAAGAUAGGGUGACCAUAUUUGGAGAAUCCGCAGGAGCUAUUAGCGUUUCUCAGCAUAUGAUUUAUCCACCAAAUGGUGGACUUUUCACAAGUGGUAUUACUCAAAGUGGGGUUUUAACGAUGCCGGGACUGUAUCACGAUAAUAACAUGAAUGUUGCGAAAUAUUAUGCCGAGAACAUGGGUUGUAGUGUUGAAAAUGUUGAUGAAGUUUUCACUUGUCUCAAAUCAGCAGCACCUGAAAGUAUAAUCAAAGUUGUUUCAGACACAAUGGCAUCCGGUGGCUUGGCAGCUGAUGCACUUGUCGGUACUACUCCCACAAUUGAUGGAGAAUUUAUCAAAACUAGCCCUGCUGACUUGUAUGCGAAAGCACAAAAUGAAGACUGUAAGGAAAUCAACUUCUUCCGCUCUAUUAAACUAAUGAAUGGCGUAAAUGGUAGAGAAGGCACAAUGUUUUUUAUGAUGCUCGGAAAUCCAGAUUUAGACAACCUUGAGAUACCUCGAGAACUAAUGAAUACACAGUUAAUUCCCAGUGCUAUAGCAAUGGUAUAUGGUAAAAGAGCAGCACCAAACGCUUUGAAACAGAUUUUAAUUGCUGAAUAUACGGACUGGGAAAAUCCUGAUGACACUAAAACACUGCGUGAACAACUAGUGCGGCUAUUUAGUGAUAUUUAUUUCAAUGUCCCUUCAAUAGAAAUGAGUCGCGUUCAUUCAAAUGCGUCUGGUGUUGAUAGUUACAUCUACAAUUUUGUUGCUCUUCUGGACAAACAUGCACUUCCAACACCAAACUGGAUCAACAUGGCAACCACGGGGACGAAGUGA